CAAACCCUGGAAACUCUUCAUUGGAUGCUGUACUUACUGUACACAAACAUAUGUAGAUCAAAAGGGUAUAAAUUUGAGGUGCAUCAGUCAGACAGUCAGAAUACUCCUGUUUCGAGUUGAAGUCAUUUGGACCUGAGAGCAACUGCAAACUGAAGAAAAUGAAGAUCCAAAUUUUGGUGCUGGCCUUUGCUUUGGUGGCUGUGAUCACUGCAGCACCAGCAGCACCAGCCAAAAAGGCUGCUGCAGUAGACCCAGAUGAAAAGGCUCUGGACGAUGCUAUUGCCAAGAACGGCCCUGCAAUAGACAAGGCGCUCAAAGACGUCACUGUCGACGAUGCAAUGUCCGACUCUGACAUUCAGGACCUGGCUGUGAGCAACAUGAAUGACGCUGAUGCAGAUGAGGUGGCAAGCAACAUGACCUCCGCUGACACAGAUGACGUGUUGAGCAGCUUGGACGAAGAUGAUGUGGCCAGCAUGAUGACCUCCGCUGACGCAGAUGAGGUGGCAAGCAACAUGACCUCUGCUGACACAGAUGACGCGUUGAGCAGCUUGGACGAAGAUGAUGUGGCCAGCAUGAUGACCUCUGCUGACGUAGAUGAGGUGGCAAGCAACAUGACCUCCGCUGAUGUAGAUGAUGUGGCGGCGGCUAGCGACGCUGAUGAUGACUCUGAUGAUGACUCUGAUGACGAUGCUGACGACGAUGCUGACGCAGGUGCAGCGGCAGCCAGCGACUCUGAUGACGACUCUGAUGAUGACUCUGACGACAACGCUGACGCAGUUGCGGCGGCAGCCAGCGACGAUGACUCAGACUCAAGCGACGAUGCUGACGCAGCUGACGCAGCUGACGCAGCGGCAAGUGCUUAAUAAGCUGUGAAGUCAGAACCCCUCACGACAUCCUGCCUCUCUCCAGUUUAAGGCCUGAUCUACAGCAAAACGGCUAUCAUCUUGAUUGCCAAACUAUGUACAAUAAAACCACCUGAGGCACUGUCUUACAAUAAUGGGAUCAUGUCAUAUUGCACUCUAUGGUGUAAAACCAGUUGUCUUUUGGGGACAAUAAAAGUUGACAGUUGAAGUUGUUGUAAAAGCUUGUGACAACAUGAAAUAAAAAGGUUUGUCUCAGUUUCAGUAUAA